UCUUUUUGGGUUUUUUCCUUCUCGUCCUUACGGGUUCUCGGUCUCGCCCUCUAAAGUGCUCUGCUCUCUGCUUCUCGGCUUCAUCAGAUUUCUCUUCACUCUUCGCCUUUGCAGUGAUGUUGUAGCCAUGGGUUCGCCGUGGUUUGUGGGUUUCAGUUAGGAUCGGUGUUAGAGGAUUUCGGUUUUGUUGUCCAUCGGCUUUGGAGGUUUAUGGGUUUUGGUUUGAAUCACUGAUUCUGGGUUUAUUGGUGAUUUGCGGAUGGUUACAAAUUUCUGGGUUUGUGUACUGAUGCCGAUGCUGUUGUGCUAAGUAUGCAUGUUGUUGCUGUUGAGGCAUAGACUAAAUUUCAUGAUGAAUAUACGUUGCUUUCAAAGGAGCUUCUCUGCUGCUUCUCUGGCCCCAGUGCAGCUUCCAUCUCCAAUGGAAGCCCAUUUAUGGUAUAUAUUACCUAAUGAGGUGAAGAAUGCAAGCCUUCUUAAUCAAUAUUUGGAAAUUCUAUCACCAUGUGAGAAAGAAAAUGUUUUCCGUAUGCGUGGAGAUCAGCUCCAAAGAAGAGCCCUGCUUGCCCGUGCAUUGGUUCGCACUACCAUUGCAAGAUAUCAUACAAAUAGUCAAGUUGAACCAAGAUCCUUGAAGUUUAACAAGAAUAUAUAUGGGAAGCCUGAGGUAGAGUGGCAAGAUGUUGAUGGCUCACACAUACCACCAUUGCAUUUCAACAUUUCACACACUUCUUCUAUGAUAGCUUGUGGAGUGACUGUGAAUUCAGCAAUUGGUAUUGAUGUGGAAGAGAAGCAACGGAAGUUGAAGAAUAAUAUCUUAGCAUUUGCUCGAAGGUACUUUUCUCCUUAUGAAGUGGGACUUUUAACUGCCAUUUCAGACCCUGAAUUUCAGCGUCAGGAGUUUAUAAAAUUAUGGACUCUCAAGGAGGCAUAUGUGAAAGCAUUGGGGAGGGGCUUCUCAGCUGCACCUUUUAAAACCUUUACCAUUCGAUUUAGGACUGCUACAGGUGGACAUCUUUCUGAGUAUAGAGAUUCUGAGGCAUUUGAUGUAGUUGUUGAUUCUUUUGAUGAUCCCAAGAACCUGACAAGCAAUUGGCAAUUUGCUCUCAUAGAAUUGGCUGGUUCUCAUUAUGCUGCUGUUUGCAUUGAAGGGGAUAGAACCACUGAAGGCAAUGGGACCCGCCCAAUGAAAUUGACAGUGCGGAGAACCAUUCCAUUUGUUGAAGAUGAAUGUGUUUCUGGAACUGAUGCUGUGGUAGCAAUAGUUGGCUUAACUUAAGAAUCAUAAAUGAUUAAUGGUUUUCAUUGUGAACUCAGCUCUCCGACCUUUCCAAAUUGUGUUUAUUAAGCAAUUGGAGAGUAUAACUUAACAGUAUUAUUAUUUACUAUCAGCAAUGCACCUCUGCUUUGCCUGUAGAAUGGAUAUCA